UUGCUUUAUUCAAACGGCACGUGUUGAUACUAUUUCGUUUGGUGGGGUAAACUUCUUUAAACUUUUCAAGAAAUGGCUGAAGAAGGACCACCCGAGGCGAGCAUAGACUUCGUUCCCGCCCUCUGCUUUGUGCCGCGCGGCGUGGCCAAGGACAAGCCGGACAAGAUUGUGCUAACGCAAGCGGAGCUGGCCAGAAUUAUCGGCGCUACGCAGCAGGAACUGGACGAGGAAAGCGACGACGAUGAGGCGGAGGAAGGAGGAGAGGAUGGUGAAGGCAUGGAUGUGGACGACAAUGAGGAUGCGAAUAGUGAGAACCGCAAUCCCCAGGACGAAUUCCACUUCCAGGAUUACGACAACGAGGAGAAUGCCACAGUCACCAGUUUAGCCAAUAUCGUAGACGCUGGUGAACAGGUGCCCGACGAAGACGAGGACUCCGAGGCUGAGGAUGAGGUUAUCAAGCCUAGUGACAACCUGAUCCUGGUAGGUCACGUCCAGGACGACGCCGCCUCCAUGGAGGUGUGGGUGUUCAACCAGGAGGAGGAGGCCCUCUACACGCACCAUGACUUUUUGCUGCCCAGCUUUCCGCUCUGUAUCGAAUGGAUGAACCAUGACGCUGGCAGCGACAAGGUGGGCAACAUGUGCGCCAUCGGGUGCAUGGAUCCUAUUAUCACCAUCUGGGACCUGGAUAUCCAGGACUCCAUUGAGCCCACCUUCAAGUUAGGCUCCAAGGGCAGUCGCAAGCAGCAAAAGGAGCAGUACGGGCACAAGGACGCAGUGUUGGAUCUUUCGUGGAACCGCAACUUCGAACACAUUCUGGCCAGUGGCUCCGUGGACCAAACUCUCAUCCUGUGGGACAUGGACGAGGGCCAGCCGCACACUACUAUUACUGCCUUCGGCGAGAAGGUGCAGUCCCUGGAGUUCCACCCCACGGAUGCGCAGAGCAUCCUUACCGGCUGUGCCGAUGGGUAUGUCAGGCUCUUCGAUUGCCGCGACGCUGAUGCUGUGAACUCCUCAAGCAUCCAGUGGAAGGUUCCCGGCGAAGUGGAGAAGAUCCUGUGGCAUCCUACGCAGAGUGACUACUUCAUCGUGGGAACCAACGAUGGCAGUCUACACUACGCUGACAAACGGAAGCCCGACGAGCUGCUGUGGUCCGUGAAAGCCCACAACGAGGAGAUCUCCGGAGUGUGCUUUAACAGCCAGAUGCCCAACCUGCUGACUUCCACCUCCACGGAAGGCACUCUCAAGGUUUGGAACUUCAACAGCACAGAGGCCAAGCACGUCUACGAGCACGAGUUCAAUAUGGGACGCCUACAGUGCAUGCGCCAGUGCCCGGAGGAUCCCUACACUCUGGCCUUUGGCGGGGAGAAACCGCCCCGCUGCGCUAUCUUCAACAUCAAGAACUCGGUGGCCGUGCGCCGGACCUUUGGCAUCGCUGAUGCGGAGUAGACAAUAUAUAUUAUGAGAAGCGUAUUCUACGAUGUAUAUGCUAUGUGCUUUUAAAUAAACGAUUUAUCUAUAAGGAAACAAA